CAUUCCGAUUUCAUCAUUUCAAAAGGAAAUGGGAAACCCUGAAAAACUAGGUCGUGAGUAUUGAUUUUUACCUAAUAUCAGACAAACGUACGCGUUGCGCGGCUUUUGGCUUUGUGCAAACCGAUUUAUUGUGUUCGUGUUCGCGUCGAGGCGGAGUCGUCCAAAAUGCCCGUAACUCAGUCAGGGGCGACGGUCGAGAAUGUCCGCGUGGUGGUGCGGGUGCGGCCCAUGGAUGAGCGGGAGAAGCUGGAGGGCGCGCCGUGCUGCGUGUCCGUGGACGCCGUGCACGGCACGGUGGCCGUGACGCGCUCCAACGCCGUGCCGCCCGAGCCGCCGAGAGUCUACGCCUAUGAUGCCGUGUUCGACUGGACCACCAGCCAGAUGGAUAUCUACGUGCAAACCGCGAGCCCGAUCGUCGAGCAAGUCCUGAAGGGCUACAACGGCACCAUCUUCGCGUACGGCCAGACUGGCACUGGCAAGACUUACACCAUGGCCGGCGCCACGGCCGCGCCCGAGCUGAGGGGCAUCAUACCUAACUCGUUCGCGCAUAUAUUCAGUCAUAUCGCCACGGCUAAGGAUGAUGAGAAGUUCCUGGUGUGCGUGACCUACUUGGAGAUCUACAACGAAGAAGUGCGCGACCUGCUGGGGAACAACCCGCACCAAUCGCUCGAGGUCAAGGAGAGACCAGACAUUGGAGUCUUCGUCAAGGAUCUCACCGGCUACGUGGUCCACAACGCCGACGAGCUCGAAAAGAUCAUGUUCGUGGGGAACAAGAACCGGCACAUCGGCGCCACCGCCAUGAACACGGAGUCAUCCAGGAGCCACGCCAUCUUCUCCAUCACCGUGGAGAGCAGCAAGAAGGGCGCCGACAACAAGACUCAUGUUAAAAUGGGGAAGUUACAUCUCGUGGAUCUUGCCGGCUCCGAGCGCCAAAGCAAGACGCAAGCCACCGGCACCCGUCUCAAAGAAGCGACCAAGAUCAACCAAUCCCUGUCCGUGCUCGGCAACGUGAUAUCCGCUCUAGUCGACGGCAAGAGCACCCACAUCCCCUACCGGAACUCCAAGCUCACCAGGCUGCUGCAAGACUCGCUCGGAGGGAACUCCAAGACUGUCAUGAUCGCGACCAUUGGUCCGGCGGAAAGCAACUACGUAGAGACGAUCAGUACACUGCGAUACGCCAACCGCGCCAAGAACAUCGAGAAUAAAACCCACGUCAACAGUGAACCAGGCGACGCGCUGCUUACAAGGUUCCAACAAGAGAUUGAUCAACUCAAGAAACAGUUGGAGGAGAACGAAAACGAGUUGGAAGAGGAGGAAGCUGAGUUGAGCGAGGGCGAGCUCACCGACGACACCCUCACCGAGUCCGAACUGGACUCGCUCGGCCCCGAGGAGCGCAAGGAGCUGCGAAAGCUGAGGAGGGAGGAGAAGGAGAAACUGAAUCGAGAGAAAGCGAACCAAGCGAGAAAGGUGUUGGAAGAAAAGAAGGCCGAGUUGCAGAGGACCAAGAAACAGCAGGAAGAGCUGAAGGACAAGCUGCAACGCCUGGAGUCCAAGGUCCUCGUCGGCGGCGAGAACCUGCUGGACAAGGCCGACACCCAGCGCAGGCUGCUGGAGCAGGCCUCCAGGGAGCUGGAGCAGCGGAGACUCAUCGAGCUGCGCCUGCAGGAGGACCUGCAGAAGAAGGAGGCCGAACGCCUGGACAUAGAAGAGCGUUACUCCUCCAUGCAAGAAGAGAACGCCGCCAAGACCAGGAAACUGAAGCGCGCCGUCCAACUCCUCAACUCCGCCAAAGCGGAGCUGGCUGACCAGCAGCGGGAGCAGCAGAGGGAGAUGGAGGGGAUCCUGGACUCCGUCAGGGCUCUGAGGAGGGAGAUACAGCUGGCAGACCUGGUGCUGGACUCGUACAUACCCAAGGAGUACCAGGCGCUGAUAGAGCAGUACGUGCACUGGAACGAACAGCUGGGCGAGUGGCAGGUGAAGUGCGUCGCGUACACCGGCAACAACAUGAGCGCGCCCGCCCCGCCGCGCCACCACAGACACAUGGAGCCUCCCGACCUGUCGUGCCGCUACCUGUCGUACGCGGCCGUCAACGCGCGCGCGCGCCCCGCCGCCUCCGCCGUGCCGCGCCCCAACACCGCCGCCCCCCGCGCCAGGCAGUAGAACAUUAUUUGAGCCCUAUUACUUGUGCAUUAAAGCUUAAAAUUGGGUGGCGGCUUUUAAUGUAAGAAUUUACGAUACUCUGUAUUCGCUGGUUAGAAUUGAGCACUGCCAUGGCAGAGGCUAUUUAGCAACCACAUGUAGCUGAAACACAUGUUCUGUAUUAUGUUCGAUGAGUAAAACCAAAGAAAGAGUGGUAACUCCAUACAUCAGUUUUGUUACCAGAACGCGCGUUAUUUCGUAGUCGACAUCUAGCGUCAAGUAGUGGAACUAUCAGUACCCCUACUUGACACCAGAUGUCACAAGUGUAGCUACGGACGAAAAAUGUACUAGUAAAACGAUUUACAACUAAUAUUAUAAGCCAGAAGGGGUUGAAAAUAGACUUCCAGUUAAUCCGGUUAUAAUAUUAGCUGAAAAUUGUUGAGCAUUAGAGUUUUCGUUCGCCGAGACAUCUAUUGUCAACUAGCAGUACUGAUAAAUUCCGCUACAUGACGCUAAAUGACAACGAAAUAACGCGCGUUUUGGUAAGAAAACUGAUGUAUAGAGUUACUACUCUUUCUUUACUUAAAUUACUCUAUGGUACUGUUUUAAUUGUAUUUAAAACAAAAUGAUUAGUCAAUGUAAAAGUAUUUUUAUACAUAACCAAAUGACAUUUGUAUUACUAGAAUUAACUGUUAAUCUUUAGUGUUCUAAUACUAGUCGCAUUCCAGUGAUUAUAUUAUUUUUAUCUCGUUUUUGUUAUA